GUAGUGAAAAAAGGCAGCGACUCACUUUUGCUCAGAACUGUACCUGAAGCUGUCCGUACGAACAUCAAAAACCAAGAUUCUGGGAGGAUGCAGAAUCUACAAGCAAAAUUCUCCUAUCUACUAAAUUCCAAGCUUGGAUAUACCGGAAAUCUCGAAAAUGAGCGGCAACACUUGAUCCAGCAGCAGAAGUUGUGCAAAACCCGAGCUCGGAAAUGUUUGCAGGAGACCAAUCAACGGAGAAAGGCUCUGGAGGAGAAGAGGAAGCAAUGGGACAUUCAGGAGGAGCUCCUGAGAGACAACAUCCUGCAACAGCGCAGGCAGCAGGUAGAGGAGGCAACCCAGCGCUUCCAGAGAGCCCAUCUGCCUCCUUCACAGAGAUACAGGCCAAUUAUCAAGAGAAAAAACAGAAAUAUGGAGGAGGCACUUGGUCGAAUCCAAGUGCAUUGGUAUACCCAGACCACCUCAGUGGUGUCACCCCCUGACACUCCCAGUGGCCCUCCAUCUACAAAGCCUCCCACAGUUUCUAAAUCCUCUCCCCGCCAAACGCUCACUGCUGAGGAGGCCUACAAUAAACUGCUUCAGGAGCACCGCAAGAAGGAUCUGGAAAUUCACAGUUUUGAGACAAGCCAGCUGUCUGAUACCAGUAUUUCUGAAAGCCUUUUAAGCAAGGACAGCUUGGAGAAUGAAAACUCAGACCAAAGCACAUUUAGUCCACGGAGUCCGUAUUCAUCAUUUUUUCUCGACUUUGAGAAACCAAAGAAGCGGCAUGAUUUAACCCCAACAUCAGUCCCCCUUCAGUCUCAGGCAAAGAUGCUUCGGGAUCAAAAUCCAGCCCUUCUUGGAAAAUUUGACAAACACAAACAAGAAAGUCUGGCAGAUUCUAUGUGGUCUCCUAAUAAUAUGGAUGUUUUUCAAACUUCCCCAAGGGUCACAUCUGAAAAACAAACACCUGACUCAUUAGCUGUUUCUAUUCUUCCUUAUGAAGACUCAAAGCACUUGGAGGCAAAAUCCUUGAUAAACAGUCAAACCCACAACAUUCUGGACACAAAUGAAGUUGAUGCUGAUGAUAUUAACGUGGAAGAUUUAUAUGCCACAGAAGACGAUUUGUUACACUGUAGAUCUCAAAUUAUUAAUGAUGACAGUCAGUUGACUUAUCCAUCAGCUAAAAACAUUCCUUUCUCUUCUGAAAAUGGCAUUUUAUUGGAGACGCCGAUGAAAGGAAGUGUUGCCAAUAAUUACUUAAAUGAUGAAGUCCUUUUGCAUACAGUAAAAGAAAACCUCCAGCGUUUAUCUGAGAAAGUAGCCUCUAUUUCCAUAAAUAACCUCAACAAAGUCUCAAACCUAAUGUACCAAACAGAGAAACCCAUAAAUGCAGCAUCAACGUCAUCUACAUGUUUAUCUAAUGAUCAAUCAGAGACAGAGAAGUGUGACCAUCUAAAAGAAGAAGAUAAAGAAGCACCUGAUACAAUGAUCUCCACUUAUUCAGUAUGCAACACUAGAUUACUUAAAGGAAUCCUCAAAAAAAAGUCCAAGUAUUCUUCAGAAGAUUUGUGUUUGUAUGACUCAGGGCAUUUAAUUUUGUCAAAACAAGUAGUGUUAGCAAUAAGAGACAGUAUGGAAUUGACCAGAGCAAAAACAAAAGAUGUGAUGGUCAAUAGCAGCACGACAAAAAAGCUUCGCUGGUUUGAUGAAGUCCAUCCAGAAAAGGAGUCCAAAGAGCAUGACACAGCAAACCAGGAGAAACCCAUGUUCCACCUAACAAACAUCUCCAAGCACCAUCAUCCAAGUCUCACUAGAGAGAAUGAGUCUUCAAAGCCUGGACCCAGAAUGGCCCCAGCAGCCUCUGUUGGUUAUCGUUUUACAAAAGAAGCGUGGGCAGAUGUUGGGGUUCAAGUUAACAUGGCCCAGGAGCGAGCAGACGAGGUCAAGGCGUUGUGUACCAGCACCAGAACCAGUAGGUCAAAGGUCCCUCGGAGAGAUUGUAAUGCCAGACUCGGUAGGGGUCCUGUUUCCUCACGGGUAAGAAAGGGCACCAUCAUACGACCUCAAUCUGCCAUCGAGGUGGUUCAGAUUGGCAAAACCCAGGGGAAGAUCAUGGUGCCCCGCCCACCUCCUCGGACAGAGCCGACGGAAGAAAAUAACGCUAAACAAGCCCCCGUCACAGAGGAGGCUCCGUACAGGAACAACUCAGUGGAGACGUACCCCUGCCCUAUCUGCCUGUAUUUAGACUGCAAUGUGAAUGGCGCAUCCAGUUCAGGACCUCAAGAGAUUCACAACAACAUCAAUGAAAGAGGGACGAUGAAUGAGAAAGGCCUCUGUUUACACAUCACACCCACAGAUGAAGAGAUCGCACAGCUCUGGGAUGGAGUCCGCAGUGCCUUAAACACAAAGGAUGCCAAACCUGUCCUUCAAAAGCAUGCCCGGGAGAGCAGGCAAGUCUACAGGAAACCCUUUGCUGAGCACAGCAGACAACCUCCUGUCGCAGGAAGCAGGAGAUUUCUUCAGACCUAUCAGCCUACAAAGCAGAACACUGAGCUAAUCAGACCAGGUCCAAGGAAUUGGAAUACAAUUUCUCGAAAUGAAGGUUUUGAGCGUGCGGCCCAGCUUCCUGUAGCUGAAGUGUAUCCUAAUGGCUUUUUAAAGCAGAAUCAGCCUGUGGCCCAAAUACAGAUGCCGGAAAGAGUCCAGGAGGGGAUCAACAGUCUUUCUUUAGAAGAGAAUAAAAUCAUGCUCUCUCUGGACAGGCUCAACCACCAGCUGCACUGUUUGAAGACACAUCGGCAAAGCAAAACUGGCAACAAUGGUCAUAUAACUGUUGGAACGCCCCUUACCAAAGAGUCAAAUAAUCACAAGCAUCAAGCAUCGUCUGCGAACCUGCUUCGUUACCAGAAGAAAACUUAGCAUGUUUUAUUCUUCAGUCUCACCAUUGUUUGCACAAAACCUCUUAUUACCAAAAAUGUAUUUUACCAAAGGUGCUUAGUGGAGUUUCUCAAAAAAAGAAAUGAUGAAGCAACAUUAACUUAAUGUGACCAAAUCUGAACCCUGAAUUUAGUUUUGGGUAAAACAGCACUGUCAAAAAAGCCUUGUUUUUUGUUAUUCUACAAUCAGGGAGUGAAAGUUGAUGCCUAUACAGGAUUCAUUUCUAAAAUCCAAAUACCAUAUGCACCCAUACCUUGCCAAAUGUAAGGUAUUACUUUCUAAAAAAUACAUACAACUUACUGCAUUUCUAUGUAUUUCCCAAAGCUCUUGUGUUUAAAAGUAUAAUUUGUAGUCAACGCACAGUUAGCUGACUGGGUUAAGUCUGCUUGGCAUCUAUCCUUAACUACUUAUAGGGCGGUUAAUAAAUCGACUGUGCCCUGGUAAGUAUGUUUAAAUAAAGCGUUGCAGUGAUGAA